AGUGGUAGACGAAAAUCAGUUUCUCUUUACUUAUGCCAAAGUUUCCUUCACCGCCAAGUCGCCAUUGCCAACAAUUGGGUUCGAGUGGAGACCCCCCAACCUUGUGAUCUUCCCUCCACUUGGAAGCCCAAAGAUUUUCGGCGGUUUUCUUGUGGGUAGACAUCAUAUAAUCUCAAAUCAUGUAUGAAGAAGGCUAUGGCGUCAGCAGUUCCACCUUUGAACAGAGCUACCGAUGCUACCCUGUCUCUUUUAUUGAGAAGUCACAUCUGGAAAAUGGCGAUAAAAUCAUAAUGCCUCCCUCAGCUCUGGAUCGUCUGGCAUAUCUACAAAUUGACUAUCCAAUGGUGUUCGAACUUAACAACCCUUCUGCUGGAAAAAUAACUCAUUGUGGGGUGCUAGAAUUCACAGCAGAUGAAGGCCUGAUAUACUUGCCAUACUGGAUGAUGGAAAACAUGAUCUUACAAGAGGGAGACAUUCUGCAAAUUAAGAAUGCCAGCUUGUCAAAGGGGACUUAUGUGAAACUGCAGCCUCACACCAAAGACUUCAUAGAUUUAGCUAACCCAAAAGCCAUCCUGGAGACAACCCUUAGGAACUAUUCUUGUUUGACAACUGGUGACACCAUCAUGGUUGCUUAUAACAACAAGAGAUACUACAUUGAUGUUGUAGAGACAAAACCUUCCUUUGGGAUAAGUAUCAUUGAAACUGACUGUGAGGUGGACUUUGCCCCUCCUCUUGAUUAUAAAGAACCUGAAAAACCUGCACAAUCUAAUCCUUCAAAGAAGAGUCAGAAGACACCACGAGAAGUUCAAGAAGAAGAGCCAACCAAUAAGAUAGCCAAAUUCAGUGCAUUCAGUGGCUCAGCAAAACGACUGGAUGGAAAAGCCUCAGUGGAAUCAGUUCCAGAAGUUUCUUCUCCCAUGCUCAAACAGCACCAACCAAAGGCUACCAAUGGGGUGAGUGGUUCUGUGUCAUCAAGCUCUUCACGUCAACGUCCUGGGAAGCUUGUUUUUGGUUCAAAUUCGGACCAACCUCCAAAUGGAAAACCAAAAGCUACUUCGAAGGACAGCAGUCAAGAAUUAUCAGAGAAGAAAGAAGAGCCGAAGUUCCAGGCAUUCACUGGGAAGAAGUAUUCACUGAAAGGUUGAUCCUGAUUAUUUUCUUUGUUUAAAUUUUAGCCCACAUUCCUUUUGAAAAUGGAUGAGAACCAAUUUAGUGAUGGAAGGGUGAGGCCAACUCUCGAUCCUCUAACCCUUUUCAAGCUUUUGCUGCUAGGUUGUAUUUAGGUAAAUCCAUUUUUAUGAUGCAGAUUUUCAUAUUUAGGUUCAGCAGGUAUUUAAGAAUUUUCAGUACCGUUCCCCUUGGGCAAAUUUAGUUCUUGGAUCUGGUGGUAUUGCACUUUUGUUUAACUGAAAUUCUCAGGGAUCAAUCACUCUCUGUUCUUGUGUACAUGCAGAAACUAUGUGGGUAAAUAUUAGCUUGUUUUGUAUGUUUUUUU